AUGAGUAUCUUCAUCGCGUAUACUGACCAGCUGGAUGGCUUCAAAGGCUUAAUUAUCUUCACCCUUGGGAUUGUCAUGCUCAUAUCAUAUGUUACAACUGCACUGAAACCCGGACUGAGAUCGAUCCCCGGGCCUAUAAUGGCUCGCUUCACAUACCUCUACCGUCCUUUCAGGAUCGCCAAAGGAGACGCUCCAAAUUUCUAUAUGAGCCUACACGAGAAGUAUGGACCUAUAGUUCGAACAAGCCCAAGUACAGUAGAUAUUUCCGACCCAGCGGCGCUUCCGAUUAUUUAUGGAAUCAGCAGCAAGUUUAUCAAGUCAACAUUUUACAAUGCUUUCAGUCCGAUUUUUGAAGGAGAAACUAUGCCUAGCAUGUUUACUGUAAGGGAUCCAAUUGCCCAUCAAGCAUUGCGCCGACCUGUCGCGCAGAAGUUUUCCAUGUCGUCAAUCAAGUCCUUGGAACCAUUUGCAGACGAGUGCACGAGUAUAUUUAUCGAUGCAAUGAAAGAGCUUCAAGGCCAGAAGGUAGACCUGGGUGUGUGGCUACAAUGGUAUGCUUUUGAUGUGAUCGGAGCUAUCACUUUUCAACGCCGGUUCGGCUUCAUGGAGAAUCGAGAAGACGUCAUGGGUAUGAUCGGUGGCCUCGAGCUUGGAUUAAAAUAUGCAGGAGUAGUUGGACAAGUGCCGGCGUUACAUCCAUGGUUGAUGGGGAACAGAUGGGUUGCAAAGCUUUUGACAGCCCAGCCGUUGAUUGAGAUUGCCGAUCCGCUUCGAACCAUGGUGAAUAUUACCCAAGAAUGUAUCGAUGAUUAUGAUAAAACCCCCGAUAAAACUCAUGGCCAACGGCCUGACUUCCUAGCAUGGCUCCGGAGUGAAGAGUCAAAGGGUAAACCGUUAUCCAAUCGCGACAUGAUAAAUCAUUUGAGCAAUAACUUACUUGCUGGAAGUGACACAACUGCCAUUUCACUGCGCGCUAUUUUGUAUUUUCUAGUUCGCAAUAGGUCCGUGUACAAAAUGGCUCAACAGGAAGUGGACAAGGCUGAUAGUGAUGGGAAACUUUCUCCUUUGAUCACAUAUGCAGAGUGCUUGGAACUACCUUACCUACAAGCGGUUAUGAAAGAAGCGAUGCGAUGUCAUCCUGGGGUUUCCUUCCCCCUUGAAAGACUCGUCCCCGAAGGAGGCAUAGAUUUAUGCGGGGCUCAUCUCAAAGCAGGGACUAUCGUCGGGAUGAAUGCAGCUGUCAUCCAUCGAGAUAAAACAGUGUUUGGGGACGAUGCCGAUGAAUUCCGACCCGAGAGAUGGAUCAAUUGUGCCGAGGAACAGGUCAAAUUAAUGAACCGUCAUCUUAUGACAUUUGGUUAUGGGUCUCGAUCAUGUAUUGGCAAAAACAUCUCGAUUAUGGAGAUGGGUAAACUUAUUCCUCAACUAUUGCGCCACUUCGAGAUUGAGUGGGCAUCUGACGAGUCUGAGUGGCGGGUUGAGACGUUUUGGUUUGCUAAACAGAAUGGGUUAAUGUGCCGCUUCAGCCCUCGAGGUGUCAGCCCACCAUCAAGCUAA